UCCCCAAAACUCAGCGGGAGGUGAAGCCGCUCGACUUCCUGUCUGUAGCUGCGCGAGGGAGGCGGUCGAGUGGAGGGAUGUAAAGAUGGCGGAGCUGCAGAUGCUGCUGGAGGAGGAAAUUCCAGCGGGUCGCGGAGCUUUACUGGACAGCUUCACCAACCUCGAGAGAGUCGCCGAAUACUGCGAAAGUAACUACGUACAGUCUCCAGACAAGCACGCCGCUCUAGAGGAAACCAAGAACUACACCACUCAGUCCCUGGCCAGCGUGGCCUACCUGAUCAACACACUCGCCAACAAUGUGCUCCAAAUGCUCGACAUUCAGGCGUCCCAGCUGCGCCGAAUGGAGUCCUCCAUCAACCACAUAUCUCAGACGGUGGACAUCCACAAAGAAAAAGUGGCGAGGCGGGAGAUCGGCAUCCUCACAACCAAUAAGAACACCUCCCGCACGCAUAAAAUCAUUGCUCCAGCCAAUCCCGAGAGGCCAGUGCGGUUUAUUCGCAAACCUAUCGAUUACAGCAUGCUGGAUGAUAUCGGUCACGGUGUGAAGUGGUUACUUAGGUUCAAGGUCAACACCCAGAACAUGAAGAUGGGCAGCCUUCUUCGCACCACACCUCCAACACAGAAACCACCCAGCCCCCCAAUGCCAGGCAAAGGCACCAUAGGGAGGCACUCCCCCUACAGAACGCUUGAGCCAGUGCGGCCUCCGGUGGUACCUAAUGACUAUGUCCCAAGCCCCACACGCAAUAUGGCGCCCAUUCUGCAGCAAAGUCCUGUGCGCACAGCAUCUGUUAAUCAGAGGAACCGCACUUACAGCAGCGGGAGCAGUGGCGGCAGUCAUCCCAGCAGUCACAGCAGCAGUCGUGAAAACAGCGGGAGCGGCAGUGUGGGUGUUCCCAUCGCUGUGCCCACACCCUCUCCACCCAGCGCCUUUCCAGCUGCUACUGCCAGCACACCCUCAGCUCCAACUAACUCCACUCAGCCUUCUGUCAUGUCCUCUAAUUUAACCCUUACACAACCCUCAGCCAACCCCACCUCAAUCCCUGAAUCUCUUCCCACUCACCCCGACUCCACUGAGAGCUUGCUGACCCCAGAAAAAGGCUCUCCUACCUCUCAGCCACCACUCACUUCAGCUGAAGCUAGUGCUACAUCCAACACCAACUCUGGGACAGGUGGCCCUCAGUUCUACAGCAUGAACAGGCCCGUCCCCAGACAGAUCACACCCACAGUGGGAGGUUCGCUGCCGUAUCGCCGGCCGGCCUCAAUCACGGGUCAGACUUCCAUGCCCCCCAGCCAGCAGAACGGAGGGCCCUAUUACAAUCAGAACCAAGAUGCACCUCCCCCUUCAGAAGAGCCGGUGUUUGAGGAGACACAAAACCCAGUUCCACCUCCAGAAGACUAUGAGCAAGAGGAGUCUUCUGUGGUGGAGUACAGUGACCCUUACGCUGAAGAAGACCCACCCUGGGCUCCACAAACUUACCUGGAGAAAGUGGUGGCAAUCUAUGACUACAUGCGAGACAAGGAAGAUGAAUUGUCUUUCCAGGAGGGGGACAUCAUCUAUGUCAUUAAAAAGAAUGAUGAUGGCUGGUAUGAAGGUGUGAUGAGUGGCACUACAGGACUCUUCCCUGGAAACUAUGUGGAGUCCAUCAUGCACUACACGGAGUAAGAGUGUCUUCUGUCUCUCCCCCAACCCUCAACGCCCACCAGCGCUAAUCUUACACUGCAAAAGAGUGCAUGUGUGCAUACAAACCAUGCUAAUAACAGCCCGUGAGACUUAAGACACGAGUGGUGCGACUGAAAAGAGGAAGCGAUAUGAAGCUGAACAUCCAGAUGAUGCAGAGCAGACUUUUGCACCAAGGACUGAGAAAACACUAUUAGAGAAAUAAGAUUAUAUUAAUACAAGCUAAUAAUAUGUUUACUGUUACCUUGAAUGAAGGAUACAGAGUUUGAAGUACAGUAUAUGCAUAAGCUAGAUUUAGACUGGGAACAUUGUUUUUAUUUUUCCAUAUUUCAUAACCUUUGCUCAUUCCACAGCAUUGCGGUGUUUUGGAAGGCAGCACAGGGGCUGACUGAUGUCUCUGAAAUAGAUGAAUUUUUUGAAUGGCCUGAGGUGGGUUCAGGGUGUGUUUUACAGUGAGGUCACGUUCAAAAAGGGAAUUCAUUACAAGCAUAUUUUGAGGAACAAGGAAAGUAUGCAACUGAAUGGAAAGAGUGAAUAUAGAGAAGUAGCUUUCUAUUUAUUACGUGACAGCUCAAGGUUUUUUAAUUUGUGUCUCUGUAAAGUGUUUUGUUUAAGUAAUUGUAUGAUUUAUUCUCUCCCACAUAAUUAAAAUCGGUUUCAGCCAGAUUGAUGAAAUAGGAAAUAUUUGCACAAACAUGCAAGUAUAAUUGGUGUCUGCACAGGGUCAGACUCGUUUACACAAAGGUCUCACCUUGGUUUUACUUUUUUAAUCAUUAAAUAUAUUUCAUAUGUUUAUGAACAUUUUUCCCCAUGAGAAGCCAUCAGGCUCGACACAUGCAGUACUAGACAUCUAAUAACCUCAUGAACUUUUAAACACUUUUUUUUCUCUCGUUUGUUUUACAUUUAAAUAUGGUGUUGUGACGCUAACCAAUUGGUAAAUAUUUGAUAAGUGUAUGUAGUGCUUCAUAGACUGCAUGCUUAAUAAAAACAGUCCUUAUUUACAUUUCAUUUUUCUUUUCUUUUUUUUCACUUUUGCAUUUUAAUUCUAGGGUACCCACAAUCAUGGAAAACCUGACAUAUAUGGAAAUGUUAAACUAGUGAUUUCCAGUCUUGGAAAAAGUUAUCGCAAUGACUAUCAUUUCCUACAGUUGUUCUAAAAUUAUUCAUCAGCUAAAACCACAGAUAUGCCUGCGUGAAACAUCAUUCUGGUUGUGGGACAUUUUGAGACAUUUACACAAUAAUAUAGUUUGUCUAUUCAUUAAUUUGCUAGUACCUGACAUUGAAAAAUCGUCCAAUAAUCGUGACCAACUAUAAAGGUCACAAAAAAAAAAAAGAGUCAUGUAAAUUGACAGGGGAAAAAAAAAAAGUGUUAAAACCCCAUAUUUUAAUUAGGCCCUCAUCACGUUUUUGUUCUUGACCUCUUAUACCCAGUUUAAGACAUUCCUGCGACAUGGACCGUAUUAAUUUGGGUGCUCUUGAAAUGUUUAUGCUACUAAAUAUAUCGUGCCAUUUUGUAGUAUUAUUGAAAUGUGUAUAAGCUACUAUUUGACAAUCAUGGAUGUUUCUCUCCAGCUACUAAAAGAGUUUUCCAUUUUGCAGGUCCUAAAAUCAGCAAGACUUCAGUGUGCCUCCAUUGUGAAAUUUAAUUUGAAUCUUAUGUAAAGAGCACAUGGAGGCUCUUAAAAACAGGGUAGAGUCUGGUGAGCAUAUCUCUCGCCCUACCCUGCAAUAAUACCUGGCAAAAUGUGACGUUUUGAGGGUUAAUUUACCUCUGCCUGAAAGCACAUGACUCUAAACAUCAGAGAAUUGACAAAAAAUGUAAAGUUUAACUCCAUUAACUCUAUAUUCUUGUGCAAAGAUAUAUUUAUAUAUAUAACCGGAUAAAUGUAUGGGCAUCAGUAUUUCCAUGUGUGAGAGGAUGAAACUAAUGUGCAAAAUCUCUAAAUGUGAACCCUUCUUUUCAACUUUGCCCCCUAUGUGUCAGAUGCAAAAGUGAAAAAAUGUGUAUAUGAUAAACGUUCUGUUUUUGAUUUCUUUCCAUACUGUGUGUAGAUUGUGUUGAGGGGCGUUGACAGUGAAAUGUCGUCUCAGAUGUAGUUGUAGUGCAGAGCCCAAGUCCAUGGUCUUUUUCAGACUUACGUAACUUGGCAGCGAACAGGGUCCAGAUGGCUUGAGACGUACGUAAGCUUGCACACUCAGACGCCCACAGGCUGUUAGCUACAGAGAAGAAGAGCAUUUAGUCUGCUUUGACGAAGCUAUGAGAUUCUCAACAUAUUUGUAUCUUAUACAGAUUUACUU